GCGGUGGUCGGAGGCGGACGUGUGUCGCGUCGGCUCCGCGUUACUGUGCUCAUUUGUGCGGUGUUUCUGGCUCUAUUUUCUUGAAAGUGGUGUCAAAGUGUCCGGCUCGUCGAGAGGAACUCAUCGAUAUCGGUGGUGAGUCAUUCCAUCGAUUUAUUGGGACUUUACGGACUUGGAAAGGUGGUGACGGCGAGGCGGGGGCAGUUAGGCCUAACCGAGUACGGGAAGGUAGGCCUAACACCGGCGUGGUGGCGACGGAGGUGCAAGGGGACGGCAUGGAGGCUGAUGUCGGCCGGAAUGCUGGGAAUAUGGUCGUGGAAUUGCCCGGAGAAGAAUUGGAUCCGGAGGAUUGUGCGGGUUGGAUGAAAGUGCGUACGAAUGGAAGAUCGGACGGCUCUGCGGAGGCUAGACCUAAUUCCCAUGUGGCCAGGCGGGUGAUAGAGAGAAUAGAGAGGGGAGCCAAGAUGCCGAGGGUAUUGCCCCGGGAGGCCAUUAAGGUGAUCAUGAGGCCAAGAGGAGGUCUGGAUCUGUCCAGGGUGUCUAUCGUGAAAGUGAUGUGUGCGAUUGGCAAGGCGGCGCGUGUGGAGAUGGAGGAUAUGGGCAAGGAUACGUUAUGCCCGAAUGUUCAACAGAACAUUGUGGUGGUGUGCACUGAGGAUGAACAGCGGGCGAGGAGAUAUGCGAACGUGGAGGUGUUGGUGGUGGAAGGGAAGAGCUUCGAGACGAAGGCGUACGUGGCGGCUCCGUAUGGGACGACGAAGGGAGUCAUCAGAGGUGUGCCGUUGGAGCAUUCGGCGGAGGACAUUGACAGGAACGUGGUGGGCCCGAGGAAUCCGACUGCGAGGGCGACACAGCGCAUUGGAUCGUCGGCUACGGUCAUUGUGGUCUUUGAAGGUGAAGUGGUGCCAAGACAAGUGUAUUAUGGUGGAGGAGUUUUGAGAUGUUCUUUGUAUAGGAAGCAUUUUGAGGUCUGUUUUGUGUGUGGGAGGGUAGGACAUCGCUCGGAUGUCUGCCCUACCCCGGAGAUGAAGCGGUGUAUGGGGUGUGGGGUUAGUGGGCAACAGGAGCACGAGUGCACCCCUAGGUGCAAGCUAUGUGGGGGACAACACGUGACCGGGGAUAGGGUGUGUAGGAAUAGGUUCCGCACACCGUAUAUUGUACGGAAAAGGUUGUGGGAACGUAAAGAGUUGGAUCAUGAGUCGAGAGGGGGCUCCCUUUCCGGUGCAGGGGCUCUGAGGGGAGAAGAUUUUCCGGACUUGGGAGGGUCCAGGUCGGUUUCGAGGGAAAGGGGGGAUAGUAGGUCGAGGAGUAGGAGCAGAGGGGAGGAAAGACAGGUGUCAUGGGCACAGGUGGUGAAGUCGGAUGAUGAGGAGAUGGAAAAGCUCAGGGAGGAUAAUAGGCGGCAGGCCGGGGAGAUCAUGGAGCUGAGGAAGGAGAACAAAGGGCUGAUGGAGAAGGUUGAGGAGCUCACCGGGGUUAUUAAGCAAUUGGCGGCUAAGGUGGAGAAGAUUGCGGCGGAGGGGGAGCCUUCUCAUCUGGGGGCGCCACCGGCUAAGAGAAAGAGUGCGGGGGGUGGAGGUGGUAGUGAUGUGUCGGGAAUGGAGAAGCAGAUAAUAGAUUUGAAUGAGAGGGUGGUGCGGCAGGAGGGAGGGUUGAGGAAGGUGAAUGAGAAGUUGGAUGAGGUGGCAAGGGUUGUCAUGGGGAUUGAGUCGUUCUUAACACAAUGGAAGAAGUAGUUAAGGUUUGGGUUUGGAAUUGCAAUGGAUACAAGGGCAGGAAGGCGGUGCUUCAGCAAUAUGUGCAGGCGGCAGAGGAGAAGCCGGAUGUCAUUAUGUUACAGGAGGUGGGGCCGAAUGAUGUGGGGCUUUCGGGAUACGUGGCCUAUGGGGUGA